CUCUCUACCUCUCACUCUGGCUUUCAUACAGACGCCAGAGCACAGGCUGCUGCAGAACGCAAAGCCAGCAGGAUUUUCCCUCCUUGCUCUGGAUGAGCCGAGAAACCAAAGAGACAGUAACCCACUGAGAAGGACAGAGAGGUUAUUCAUGGAGGAUCCACCGAGGAGUACCUGACCCAAAAGCUGCAGAGUGUGUAGGUCAUCAUCGUGCUCUCUGAAACAGUUCUGUGGACUCUUUAAGUGCACCAGCCCCUCCUCCGGGACCGGCCCACUCCCCUCCUUACCUGCCCCUCAUCCACAUUUAAAGGAUAGGAUGGACGGCUCUACGCGCCUGUGCUGAGGAGGCAUCAGCGAGCAGCAUUAUGGGCUCUUGGCUGGCCAGCAUCCCAACCACCACCCCCUCCACCGCCGAUCUGCCACCACCACGCUGCCCCACCGGAACGGGCGCUCUCCCCAGCCCUGCUGAUGGGGCGAAGACACUGACGCCAACCCGACGCUCAACCACCGCGGCUUCCUCCCCGACCACAACUAUGUGACUGAAGGGCUGCUCCUGGCUAUAGCCUGAAGAGCUGCGCCCAUCCUGUCCACCCCUCUCCACCCUGGAGUCCUCCCCCAGGAUGUUGAGCCCCAUCCAGGUCCUGUGCUCCGACAUCACCACCCUUUCUCUGGAGCCCGAGCCGUUUGCCUCUUACACUGAAGCUGAUAUUAUCUCCACUGUUGAGUUCAACCACACUGGAGAGCUCCUGGCCACUGGGGACAAAGGGGGCCGAGUGGUCAUCUUUCAGAGGGAACCUGAGAGCAAAACUGAGCCUUUCUCCCAGGGAGAGUACAAUGUCUACAGCACCUUUCAGAGCCAUGAACCCGAGUUUGACUACCUUAAGAGUCUGGAGAUCGAGGAGAAGAUCAAUAAGAUCCGAUGGCUGCCUCAGCAGAACGCUGCUCAAUUCCUCCUUUCCACCAACGAUAAGACCAUUAAGUUGUGGAAGGUGAGUGAACGAGACAAACGGCCUGAGGGAUACAACCUGAAAGAUGAGGAGGGUCGUAUCAAAGAUAUCUCCACUGUCACCUCCCUACAGGUGCCAGUGUUGAGGCCGAUGGACCUGAUGGUAGAGGUUAGCCCGCGGCGGGUCUUUGCCAACGCCCACACCUACCACGUCAACUCCAUCUCCGUUAACUCCGACUACGAGACCUACAUGUCAGCCGAUGACCUGAGGAUCAACCUCUGGCAUCUGGACAUCACUGACCGCAGCUUCAACAUCGUGGACAUCAAACCAGCCAACAUGGAGGAUCUGACAGAGGUGAUCACAGCGGCUGAGUUUCACCCCCACCACUGUAACCUGUUUGUCUACAGCAGCAGCAAAGGCACCCUGCGUCUCUGUGACAUGAGAGAAGCAGCACUGUGCGACAAACACUCAAAAUUGUUCGAGGAGCCUGAGGACCCCAGCGCCCGCUCCUUCUUCUCUGAGAUCAUCUCCUCUGUGUCAGAUGUCAAGUUUAGCCACAGCGGACGCUACCUGCUCACCAGAGACUACCUGACGGCUAAAGUCUGGGACCUGAACAUGGAGAGCAAGCCCCUGGAGACUUACCAGGUCCACGAUUACCUCCGCAGCAAGUUGUGUUCCCUUUACGAGAACGACUGCAUCUUCGACAAGUUUGAGUGUGCCUGGAACGGCUCCGACAGUGUGAUCAUGACCGGAGCCUACAACAACUUCUUCCGCAUGUUCGACCGGAACACCAAGCGCGACGUGACCCUGGAGGCGUCGAGAGAGAGCAGCAAACCCCGGGCCGUCCUGAAGCCCCGGAGGGUCUGUGCCGCCGGGGGAAAGCGCCGGAAGGACGACAUCAGCGUGGACAGCCUGGACUUCACCAAGAAGAUCCUGCACACCGCCUGGCACCCCAACGAGAACAUCAUUGCCAUUGCCGCCACCAACAACCUGUACAUCUUCCAGGACAAACUAAACUCUGAGUUGCAUUAACUAAAGGAUGUCAGCGUCUGAUUGUGACGAGUUUACACCUGAAAACAAAACUAUGCCAGAAUGUCCACAUUUGCAGUCACACACCCAAAGGAAUAUGCCUAACACAUACACACAAAUACACAACUAGGUCUACUCUUACACACUCCCAGCCUCCCAGGACUGAAAGGACCUAAAAAAAAAGGGCUAGAAAGGGAACAGGCUGGAUUACACAGUGGAUUUCUUGAUUGUUAACCUCUGGAUUGUGCUUGAUGGUGUGUUCAUUGCUACAGUUCUUUGGACUGGAGAGACGUUUACAUGUUUGUCUUUUCUUUGUUUGAUUCUUUGGGCACUAGUGCUUUCUCCACCUCCUCUUGCUCUUCUCCUUUCUGUAUUUGUGUGCUCGGGCAAAGCCUAUUCUUAUCCUCUGCCCACUGUUUUGUGUUACAGAAACCCUCCGUGGUUGUCUACUAGCGGUACUGAUGAAAAAAAGGGGCAUUUACGUAACUCGCUGUUUGUUUAAUUUCAGAUCAGCUGUCCCUUAACUCGUUUUUUCCCCCCUCCUAACAUAUUGUUUAAUAAUGUUUUAGGUUGUUAUUUUGAUGAGAAUGAGGGUUUAACAACGAUGUGUGUGAUGUGAAAGGAUGAACUUGGGACCCCUUCCCCUCAAACCAAGUGCACUCAGAUGCCUCUGAGCUCCACUGGACAAUGUUCAGAGAGCUAAAACAGCCACCGCCCUGCGGAAUGAAGCAGAAGUGAAUAGAUGAUUUCACCACAGCCUAAUAUGAGGACACACACUCAUAUCUGCUCCUCACACUGUGUUUCAGUCCUUAAUGUUUCCUCUGCUGAAACUUCCCUGAUGUGGAUUCUGCUUCUGGUCAGGGGCUGCGUCGUGUGCUACUUUGCCGUGAAACACAACUCAAAUUCAGCAAGAAAAAAAGAAAUAAACACAUAAAAAAUGAACUGAAUAGAUCAACAAUCAAGCAAAAAAAAGAUGCUGCAUGUAAAACCAGUUAAGCCUAGGUGUUUAUAAAUUGACUGACUGACUUGGCUGCCUUCUUAACCAUUUAGACCCAGCUGUACAAAGGCUUCUGGGGCCCCCGGGCCCCGUGCAGCACGAGUUACCAUAGAUGACCGAGCUCUCCUACCUUUAUUUGUGUCUUCAGGCACUGAAGCAUGUUUACCAGUGUUCGGUUUGUACACGUACAUGUACUGUACAUUUUGAAUGAAGCCGUCCAAGAAUCAGUUUAUACUCGACUGAAGCUGAGACGAAGAGGAAUGGGGAAUGUUUUCAUUAAUGUCGUUCUCUAAAAGAAAAAAAAAAUACAAAAAGGGCCUGGAGGGAGUCUGUAAAUAUGAACUCUGUUUUUGACAUGUUUUAGGUUUAGUUUUUUUAAUAUCCACAAACAAACAUCAUCAUCUGUAUCGCUGAUCGCCUCCAAAGCUGCAGCAGAGAUAUGCUACUUUAAUCUCUUCAGCCUUCCUCACUGAUUACUUUUCUGAUGUGCAGAAUCUUUUAUUUUUAGAACAGUCUAUUCUUUUAUUAUCCUCUUAUUUUUGACAAACUCCGUCAACCAAGUACCGACCAAACUAAUGUCGAGUCACUUAUUUAUGUGUUAAUGUAUGUUGCGGACAGCAUUGUCAAAUUGUUUUUUUGUUUUUUUUUCUGAAUAAAGAUUUCAACGAAAUUGCAUCCAA